UACGUGGUGUAUCACAUGUACAUGUUUGUAUGUAUAUAUAUAAUUGGACUCUUAAAGGAUGGUUAAUUUGUGUGUUUGUUUCAAAAGAUCAAUAAUAUAUAUAUAUAUAUUCAUGACAAUGGUUUUGUGAUAUAUGUGCAUGGUUUUGUGAACAUAAGAUUUUUCUUAAAGAAAAAAGUUUUAUGGUAAUGCAAGUGGAUCAAGGUGUGUUUUCUUGAUAAAAAUUAGAUCUUUUAGUGUCAAGAUUGUAAAUCAAAUGGAUACAAAAACACCCUUGUUGUCAAGUGAGGGAGACUCUAAGCAUAUUAGAAGGAAUAGGCGUACAUCGGUUACUAGCUUGAGAGGUGAUUUCGUUUCGAAAUUGCCUGAAAAAGUCCGGUGUGUACUUGACCCUGAGGAGCCGUUCCAAGUUGAUCUUUCGAAAACUACUGGACUAAUAGAAGGGGAGAAAGAAUACUAUGAGAAGCAAUUUGCAGCUUUGAAAUCUUUUGAGGAAGUCGACUCUUUACAAUCAACCAAUGUUACGGAUAAUGAAGAGCAAGAAUUGAAAGAACAAGCUCAACACGAAAGAGCAAUUAAUGUGUCUAAUUGGGCAAACAUCUUUUUACUUGCACUUAAGAUUUAUGCAACAGUACAAAGUGGAUCCUUGGCAAUUGCAGCGUCGACACUGGACUCUUUGCUUGAUCUCAUGGCAGGAGGUAUUCUAUGGUUCACUCAUCGGUCGAUGAAAAGCAUUAACAUCUACAAAUACCCUAUUGGAAAACUGCGAGUGCAGCCUGUUGGCAUUAUCAUAUUUGCAGCAAUUAUGGCCACUCUUGGCUUUCAAGUGCUGAUACAGGCAGUGGAGCAGUUAAUAAGAAAUUCACCAUCUGAAAAGAUGACUGAUUUUCAGUUAAUUUGGUUGUAUGCAAUUAUGCUGACCGCUACUGGUGUAAAACUAGUACUUUAUAUAUACUGCAGAAGCUCUGGUAACAAGAUUGUCCGAGCUUAUGCCAAGGACCAUUAUUUUGAUGUGGUAACAAAUGUGGUUGGUUUAGUUGCUGCGGUACUUGGUGACGAGUUCUACUGGUGGAUUGAUCCUGCUGGUGCUAUACUUCUUGCUGUUUACACGAUUAGCAAUUGGUCUGGAACUGUCAUGGAAAAUGCAGUUUCACUAGUUGGGCAAACGGCACCUCCUGAUUUUCUACAGACACUUACUUAUCUAGUCCUAAGACACCAUCCUAAGAUCAGCAGAGUGGACACAGUUCGCGCAUACACAUUUGGUGUUCUCUAUUUUGUUGAGGUUGACAUAGAACUUCCUGAAGAUUUGCCACUGAAAGAAGCGCAUGGAAUCGGGGAAUCGCUGCAAAUCAAGAUAGAAGAGCUUCCAGAAGUGGAACGAGCAUUCGUUCAUCUUGAUUACGAGUGUGAUCACAAACCAGAGCAUUCUGUUCUUAGCAGACUUCCAAACAGUCAGCCUUGAAAACUUGGUCAUCUCUAGAGGUUUGUUUAAUGAAAAGGUCUAGUUUGUGGUAGUUUGAAUGGAGUUUAGGUGGUUUAAGUCUUUUGGACGAUAAAUGUUGAUGUGAGACUGUAAUCUUAUCUCAAAUGUAACAUCAACAUUGCAUCAACAUAUGUAAUGUGGUUUAUGAACAAGAUUACUUUGAAGAGAGUGAGUUCAAAUUCAGUUUAAGAAUUUAA